CCUUCUUCACUAUAAGUCAAACAAAACGUCUCUAUCUCUGGUAACUCCAUUAAUCUUCCAACUGCAUAUUUACAUAUUAAGAGGGUGAGGAGUUUGUAUUUCCAGAGUUGAUACACAUUGAAUUUUAAUGGCCAUGGCAACUGAUGAUUCAACUGCAAGCGAUUACAAGAAAAAUGUGGAUACAAGGACUGCGGAAGAGAAGGCGAUCGAUGAUUGGCUGCCUAUUACUUCUUCACGAAAUGCGAAAUGGUGGUACUCGGCUUUUCACAAUGUCACAGCCAUGGUUGGAGCUGGAGUUCUCAGUCUCCCUUUUGCCAUGUCUGAGCUGGGAUGGGGUCCCGGAGUAGCAGUGAUGAUCAUAUCUUGGAUCAUCACCCUCUACACAUUGUGGCAGAUGGUUGAGAUGCAUGAAAUGGUACCUGGCAAGAGGUUUGACCGAUAUCACGAGCUCGGACAGCAUGCUUUCGGAGAGAAGCUCGGGCUGUACAUCGUCGUGCCUCAGCAGCUAGUUGUUGAAGUCGGAGUGGACAUUGUGUACAUGGUCACAGGAGGGAAAUCACUCAAGAAAUUCCAUGAUUUGGUCUGUGAUGAUCACUGCAAAGACAUCAAGCUUACCUAUUUUAUAAUGAUCUUCGCCUCCGUCCACUUUGUCCUCUCACAUCUCCCCAACCUCAAUUCCAUUUCCGGCGUGUCUUUGGCUGCAGCAAUCAUGUCCUUGAGCUAUUCUACGAUUGCGUGGGGGGCUGCGCUGAAAAAGGGCGUUCAACCAAACGUGCAAUAUGGUUACAGAGCGAAAAGCACAGCCGGUACUGUUUUCAACUUCUUCAGUGCUCUGGGAGAUGUGGCUUUUGCCUAUGCCGGGCAUAAUGUUGUCUUGGAGAUUCAAGCCACCAUCCCUUCGACACCGGAGAAGCCUUCCAAGGGGCCCAUGUGGAAGGGAGUCAUCGUUGCCUACAUUGUUGUCGCCCUGUGCUACUUCCCUGUCGCAUUCAUUGGAUACUGGAUGUAUGGCAAUGAAGUAUCAGACAACAUUUUGAUAUCAUUAAACAAACCAACUUGGCUCAUCGCCAUGGCUAACAUGUUCGUCGUGGUACAUGUUAUUGGAAGCUAUCAGAUAUACGCGAUGCCAGUUUUUGACAUGAUAGAGACUCUCCUAGUCAAGAAACUACGCUUCAAGCCAACCUGCUACCUGCGCUUCAUCACCAGAAACAUCUAUGUCGCAUUCACAAUGUUUGUUGCCAUUUCAUUCCCUUUCUUUGGCGGACUCCUCGGAUUCUUUGGAGGUUUUGCUUUCGCACCAACCACAUACUUUCUGCCUUGUAUCAUGUGGCUUGCAAUCUAUAAACCAAAGAGGUUCAGCCUAUCUUGGAUUACUAACUGGAUUUGCAUCAUUCUCGGAGUCCUUCUGAUGAUUAUAGCACCAAUAGGAGCGCUAAGGUCAAUAAUAUUACAAGCAAAGACCUACGACUUCUACUCCUAAGCAUCUACAGAUUGAUGUGUCUUGCUGGUUGAGAAGGCUCGAUCGGUGAAGAAAUUUGGAUGAAUUUUAAACCAAGAUGGAUGUGUCGAUUGCUAAGCGAGGAGUGGAGGGUUCAUCGCCUGCUCCAGCAAUUCAAUGCUUACAAUUUUAUCUCUGAAUUUAUUCUGUGUAUAAACCUGUUUGCUUGUGUUCUAGACUAUUAGUGCUUUUGUUAAUGAAAAACAGUAUUGCAAUGAUAAUUUAAAUACAAUCAUAUGCUAGCAAAUGACCAUGUGACUGUUUUGAUUUUCA